AUGGAGAUCAUGGACCUUGACCAGGACUAUUUUCUAGUGAAACUCAAUAAUGAACAGGACUACUUCAGAGCUCUUACAGACGGUCCAUGGACAAUCUUUGACCACUACUUGGCAGUGCAGCAAUGGUCUCCGAGCUUCAAGGUUUCUGAUCCACUCCCGAGAAAGAUGAUUGUCUGGGUUCAAUUUCCGACUCUGAAAAUCCACUUCUAUCACAAAGAAAUCCUGACUUCCCUCGGCAAUCUCCUCGGAAGAACGAUCCGUUUGGAUUUCCAUACUCUGACUCUACAACGAGCGAAGUUUGCUAGGAUAGCUGUUGAAGUAGAUCUGUCCAAGCCCCUGGUCCCUCGGAUUUGGUUGGACGAUGCCUGCUAG